AUGGGUGUCACUUGGUGAGUUGAUCAACUUGUGUUUUCAGAUUUAUUCAAAAUGUCACAGUAUUGUUGUAAUUGUUUCUUCAAGUCAACGUAAUUUACAGUUUCAACCAAACUCAUGUUCGCCGUAAAACACCAAUGUUAUUGUCUCCAUGUAGCGAUGCGGCGCUUAGUGCGCCUCUAAACAACCAGAGAUCAGUUUUAUGACAUACUAUCACUAUUAACAAGCAGAUUUGUCCUGUUUCCUUCACAUCGCUUCAUUGGCCGGUGCUGCCCCACAGUGUGUGCCAGGUCCCUGUUGCAGAAGGGAAGAGUGUGCAGCAGACUGUAGACAUCCUCCACAAGAAGCUGGAGCAGCUCGGGGCCGUGAAGCAGGGCAGCUUCUGCGUAGACUGUGAGACCUACCAUGCAACAGGAAAUGUCAGCGGUAAUUCUGUUAUUUUUAUAUUAUUUUGAACGUCAGAGAUCCUAUAACGAAAGGUGACAUUCUCUGUGGUUGAGACUGAGAAUUAACUCCACAGAGAAUUGGGAAAUGGAAGAUGGAUAUUUCAAAUAACUGGUAAAAGUUAAAGCAACAACCGAUCAAAUGUUGUAUUUAUGUAGCGCCAAUUCACAACAGUCGUCACGCUUUUCAAAGGGGGAGACCACACUCAUCGAUGAAUUAUCAAGAACCAACCAUAAGAUGGGGCAGAUUUGACCCAUCUCAUCUAAUAUGAGUGACAGUGGCAAGGAAAAACUUCCCUUUAACAGGCAGAAACCUUGGGAAGGACCAGACUCAUGCUAGACAGCCACCAAGCCGCUGCUGGGUUGAGGAGAAAUACGGAGAGAUAGGGAGAGAGGGCAGGGGGGAGAAAGAGAAGGAGGGAGAGAGAGAAAGCGGAAGGGUGAGAGAGGGAGACAGAGGACGGCAGCAACAUUAGAACAACAACAAUAGAUUAAAACAACAGGCAAUAGAGGCUAAUGCUGACCAUAGACUGGGUUAUACCAUUCACCCUACAAACUGUUGCAUAAUGAACGUUCACAUCUCUCAAAGUCUUUCUCCACAGGUUUUCAAUAUGGAAUUUCUUUUUCAAAAUGUAAUGCUUGGAAAUAGCUGUGAUUUCUUACCAGGAAGCACAUCACAUGGCCACAAAUGCUGUAAUAGGAAUGAUCAAAGUGCUUGUCUUGAUGUCCUGCAUACAUAAGCCUUUGUUUGAGCCAGCCUCAUUUAAGAGGAAGGCCAGUUCAAUAAGUGAGGUAAAAAUUAAAAAAAAAAUCUCUUUUUUGUUUUAGAUCUUAUUUUUUUCAGUUCUCCUUUGCACUGUUAAAGGUUGCACAUUACACUCUCAUUGCAAACGGAAAACUUCUUACCUUUCAUGUUAAAAUCUCUCUGGCAUUGCAAUGGCCACCAUCCCUUUGAUGUUUCACAUUGAGUUUAUUUCGUGAUUUAUGCAGUAACUUUUGCAGAAAAUUCACUGAGUUGUAUGGUUGUGGAAGCACUUGAAAUUUAGUUACUUCCACCCUUUGACACUUGAACGCUCCACAAAAUACAGUUUGGUAGGUAAAUGAUAUGGUUGAAUUGUUAAAGGUAGACCAAAGAAAUUGAAGUUUUUGUUAUGCUUAGUUUGCCUGUGCCUAAAAUAGAAAACACAGGUAAGAAAUGAUUGGUAUGACAGCCAAAUAACAUUAACAAUUUGCAAUGCUACUGAAGUAAAUAAUUUUGCACUGGACCAACACUUAAAAUGAGCGAAAAGAGUUCUCUGAUCAUAAGUCAUGUGUGUCUGUUCCAGGUCAGCCCUCCAAGUUCUUAUAUGUGAUGCACAACUCUGAAACUCCCCUAAGCUGCCUGGCACUUUUCGAAGGUGGACCCUGCUUGAUAGCUGAUGCCAAUUUUGAUGUUCUCAUGGUGAAGCUAAAAAGUCACUUCCAGAAUGCCAAGGGGCACAAGGUGGAGUGCCGGGGUUCUAGAUACCGUUACUGUGACUUUUUGAUAAAAGUUGGCACUGUUACAAUGAGCUCCAGUGCCAGAGGGAUAUCAGUGGAGGUAAGAGGUAAAAUUAAUAUUCUUAAGAGUGGAUGAUCUUCAUUCUCUGUGUGAGUGCACUAAUUCUCUGUGUGUUCCCUCAGGUGGAGUACUGUCCUUGUGUGGUUCCAGGGGACUGCUGGAAUCUCAUGAGAGAGUUCAUGACUUCCUUUCUUGGCUCCAGUGCCCCUGAACUCCCAUCUGUGUUUGCUGCCAAACCUGAAGGGCUCUUUGCACCGGCAGACUGUGUUGACACCAUGACACAGUAUCUGGAGCUGUUUAACAAACUACGUAAACUGCAAAUCCCAGGGAGCAACGUACGAUGA